CCAAAUGGGAGAUUUGAGACCAACAAGAAAAUUUGCCUGAGUAUCUCAGGACAUCACCCGGAGUCAUGGCAACCCUCCUGGUCAAUCAGGACAGCCCUUUUGGCCAUUAUCGGGUUCAUGCCUACACACGGUGCGGGAGCUAUAGGAUCCCUGGACUACUCACCAGAGGAGAGGAAGAAACUCGCCAACAGGAGCAAAGAAUGGAAGUGUUCUACGUGUGGUAACAUUAAUUGUAUAUUAAAGCCAAUGACUGAAGAAACAGAGGAAUCUAAAAGGACAUCACAAGAGGCCAAGGAACUGGCCAGUCAGAUUAACUUCCAGGCAGAGAAAAAACCUGGUGAGGGAAAAAGUGGAAGCAAUGGUGAGACAACUCCUACACCUCAGUCUAAUGAACAACAACAAGCAAUUCCUCAAAUGCCAGCUAACACCACAAACCCAACAUUUAGCAAUGGAUUUCCAUUUCCCUCUCCUUUCAUGUGCAUGCCCAAUAUGCCUCCUUUCCAGAUGCCACAAGGAAUUGAUGGAAGUGUCAAUGUCCCCCGGUUUCCUUUACCCCCUCCAUUUAUACCAGGAAUGCUUCCUCCAGGUCAACAAAAUAGUUCACAGAAUGUCUAUAUGCAGCAAUGGCAGAUGAAUCCUUUUAUGAUGGGUAGACCCCCAGUCCCUCCCUCAAUGGUUUUUCCUGGGCAGAUGACUUCUUCUGUACCAACACAGCAAGCCAUGAAUCUCCCAUCACAAGCAAUUCCAUCUGAUGUACGAGCAGGCCAGCCUCAACCUCCACAGGACAAAACUCAGGCUAAUUCUCAAUCGGUGAAGUCUCAGACGCCAACAGCUGCCAGUACUCAAAACUCAUCUCAAAGUGCAAAUAAAAAUUCAUCAUCAACCACAGAAGACAAUGUUACAAAUGACAGAGAUGCCUCAGUUGAGGCCUCUUCUCAAGGACCAGGGAAUUCUACACAGGAACCUCAAAGUUUUACAUCGGAGGCCAAUUCCAAUCCUGAGUCAACACCUUUAUUAUCACCUGAAGCAAGCAGUUCAGCUCUGGGGUCAACAGGUCAAAGGUCAGAAGAGGGACUGAGACAGAGGCUGGUGGGGGACAGCCCCAGGCCAGCAGUACCGGCGGGGAGAGUGGGACAGAGUGCAGAGCUGAGGGAACAUCACCAGAGACAAUCCGGACUAAGUUUCUCCACUGUGAUGAUAUUCCUAAUUGGACUGGCCAUUGCCAUGUUAUUGAUCCGACGUUUCUUUCUUUCUAGAAAUUGGAGGUUUUACUAUGGUGUUUGAUAACAGAUUUUAAAAUGCUUCGUGUGAUAUAAUUUAUUCACAAGAGAUGCUGUGUAUGGUUGUCUUAUUUAGUGAUAACAUCUGCUGAUGAUGCAUAUAAUUUUAACUAUUGCUAAUUGUACAUAUAAUGCAUUUAUUAUUAAUGUUUAAUUAUGAGCAACAAUUUUCUCUGCUAUUUAAAAGA